AUGAGAAGUAUUUCACAUGAUUCUGAACCAACUUCUUAUGAGGAGGCAGCCAUAAACCCUACAUGGCAAGCUGCCAUGACAAAAGAGUUUGAGGCUUUAUAUGCUAACCAUACAUGGGACCUAGUGACACUGCCUGCAGGUAAGAAGGCCAUAGGAUGCAAAUGGGUGUAUAAAAUCAAACACAAAGCAGAUGGGACUGUUGAGAGAUUUAAAGCAAGACUUGUAGUAAAAGGAUACAUACAACAAGCAGGUAUAGAUUAUAAUGAAACAUUCUCUCCAGUUGUCAAGAUGACAACUGUUAUGACCUUGAUUAGUAUAGCAGUAAAAGAGGCUGGGAUUUGUUUCAAUUGGAUGUAA